AUGAUUGGGAAAACUGGAGUUGGAAAGAGUGCAGUCGGUAACACCAUCGUGGGUAAAAAUGUCUUCCACUCUGAGGCGAGUGCGCAUUCUGUGACGAUGACCUGCAAGACAGAACGAGCAUUCGGUGGCAGAGAGAUCCACGUGGUCGAUACGCCUGGGAUCCUGGAUACGUCUAAAAGUGCAGAGAGCAUAAAGAAAGAGAUUGCAAAAUGCAUCCAGGUGUCCACUCCCGGCCCUCACGCCUUCCUGCUGGUCAUCCAGGUCGGCAGGUUCACCAAAGAAGAAGAGAACUGCGUGCAAGCCCUGGAGAAAAUCUUCGGACCCGAGGCGUCCAAGUACAUGAUCGUUCUGUUCACGCGUGGCGAUGAGCUGAAGCCCAGAACCAUUAGUGAGUAUGUGCAAAACGGCCACCCGAAACUUAGAGAGGUGAUAAACAGAUGUGGUAACCGGUACCAUGUCUUCAACAACAACAACAACUGGAAAAGGAGUCAAGUGGUUAAGCUGAUCAAGAAGAUCGAUGAGAUGGUGGCGGCAAAUGGAGGACAGCCCUUCAGUGAAGAAAUGUACAAGGAAGCGGAGCGGACUCUGAAGGAGCAGAGGAAGGACAGAGACACAACAGGCCAACAGGUUUACAACUUCCCCUUCAUGGAUGAGCUGCUAGAGAGAGUCAUUCUGUUUCAAACCAUACUGGCUGCUGCCUCUCAGGACAACGCUGACAACCUGGACAUCUCCGACAUAGCCUCCUGCUCCAACACCAUGCCUGCUAUCUGA